AUGGUGCGAAGUGGACGUGAUCGUGACCGCCGUAGGUCUCACAGUCGUUCUGUGACUCCAGAAAGGAAAAGACGGCGUUCCCGGUCCAGAAGCCGUGAUAGGCUAUCCAAAACAUCAAAACGGAAGCGCAGCCGCAGCAGGGAAAGAGAUACAAAACGCGAUCGAAGUCGAGAUCGCGAUAGGGAGAGAGAUAGAGACAGAAAAAGAGACAAAAGGGAAGAAAAGAGUAAUGGCUCUAGUAGUAAAUCUAGAAAGAAAUCACCAGAUAGAGAAAAGGAAAGUGAGAGGUUAAAAUCAAAAGAGGAAUCCUUAAAAGCUGAAUCUGAUUAUGACAUUGGAUCCGCUGAUAAGGAAGAAGAACAGAAUAGACUAGAAGCAGAAAUGCAAAAGCGUCGCGAUCGUAUAGAGAGGUGGCGUGCUGAACGAAAGCGGAAGGAAUUAGAAUCUGCCAAGAAAGAAGUUCAAAAGGGUAGUUUAGUCACCAAUAUACAGACACCAACUGUCAAAAAAUGGUCAUUAGAAGACGACUCUGGUGAUGAAGGUGAAGAAGAUAAGGAGGCCAAAGAGAAGCAAUUGGCAGAAGAGAAGAAAGAAGAAGACGAAAUUGAUACUCUUGAUGCAUACAUGCAAGAAGUUCAACAAGAAGUUCGUAAAGUGAAUCAAAUAGACCAUGCUCGUGGAAUCAUAAAUCUGCCAUCAUCUGAUUCUAGUGUAGUUAUCCUAACCGGGACUGCCAAGAAGCAAGUGGCAGAACAGAAAAACAAAGGAGAGUUAAUAGAACAGAAUCAGGAUGGUUUGGAAUAUUCAUCUGAAGAGGAAACUGAGGAUAUAAAAGAUGCAGCCGCGAAUCUUGCGUCGAAGCAGCGGAAGGAGUUAGCUAAAGUGGACCAUUCCAGCCUUGAGUACAUGUCAUUUAGGAAAGCAUUUUAUACUGAAAUUAGUGAAUUGGCUCGAAUGACAUCAGAAGAAGUUGAAGCAUACAGAACAGAAUUAGAAGGCAUCCGAGUGAAAGGCAAGGGAUGUCCCAAACCUAUUAAGAGCUGGGCUCACUGUGGUAUUAGUAAGAAGGAAAUGGAUAUUUUGAAGAAACUUGCAUUUGAAAAACCAACCCCAAUUCAGGCACAGGCCAUACCGGCUAUUAUGUCCGGAAGAGACUUAAUUGGUAUAGCUAAAACUGGUUCAGGCAAAACCCUAGCUUUUAUAUUGCCAAUGUUCCGACAUAUUUUGGACCAACCGCCCUUAGAAGACACAGAUGGCCCAAUUACCCUUAUAAUGUCACCCACAAGAGAACUUUGCAUGCAGAUUGGCAAAGAUAUAAGGAAAUUUGCGAAAUCUUUGAAUCUAAGAGUCGUUUGCGUUUAUGGCGGCACGGGAAUUUCUGAACAGAUAGCGGAAUUGAAACGUGGCGCUGAAAUAAUAGUGUGCACUCCAGGGCGAAUGAUCGACAUGUUGGCUGCCAACUCGGGACGAGUCACAAAUCUACGAAGAGUCACGUACAUCGUGUUGGACGAGGCUGAUCGGAUGUUUGAUAUGGGAUUUGAACCGCAGGUUAUGAAGAUAAUAGACAAUAUUCGUCCAGACAGACAAACAGUGAUGUUCAGCGCGACUUUCCCGCGACAAAUGGAGGCUCUCGCUAGACGGAUAUUGCAGAAACCUAUUGAAGUUCAGGUCGGCGGUCGCAGUGUAGUCUGCAAAGAAGUAGAACAGCACGUGGCAAUAUUGGAAGAAGAUGCGAAAUUCUUCAAACUUCUGGAAUUAUUGGGACUGUACAGCCAUUUGGGAAGUAUCAUCGUUUUCGUGGAUAAACAGGAGAAUGCUGACAGUCUACUUAAGGACCUUAUGAAGGCCUCCUAUUCUUGUAUGAGCUUGCAUGGAGGUAUUGAUCAAUUCGACAGGGACUCGACGAUCGUCGACUUCAAGAAUGGCAAAGUGAAACUCCUCGUGGCGACGAGUGUAGCGGCCCGAGGCUUGGACGUCAAGCAAUUGGUUCUGGUUGUUAACUACGACUGUCCGAAUCACUAUGAGGAUUAUGUUCAUAGAUGCGGGCGAACUGGCCGAGCUGGUAACAAAGGUUACGCGUGGACCUUCCUUACGCCGGAACAAGGGAGAUACGCUGGGGAUGUAUUGAGGGCUUUCGAACUCGCUGGAACCAAUCCAACCCCGGAUUUGAGGAACCUUUGGGAGAAAUAUAAGGAAGCACAAGAAAAGGAUGGAAAGAAAGUUCAUACUGGCGGAGGGUUUAGUGGGAAAGGUUUCAAAUUUGACGAGUCCGAGGCACAGGCGGCGACGGAAAGAAAGAAAUAUCAGAAAGCGGCACUGGGUCUUCAAGAUUCUGAUGAUGAGGAUGUUGAAGGAGACCUCGAUCAGCAGAUUGAGACUAUGCUAGCUGCCAAGAAGAUUGUUAAAGAAAUAAAGCCUGGUGUUGCGGGUGCAACGCCCCCUGCUGGGGGUCCAGCUACCGCGGAUGGCAAAUUGGAGUUGGCUAAACGUCUGGCUUCAAAGAUAAACAUCGCUAAGGGUCUUGGUGUAGAACAAAAGGGCGCUACUCAACAGGCGGCUGAAGCCAUCUUGAAGGGAUCUCCGUCUACACAUACACUGAUUACCGCAAAAACAGUAGCGGAACAGUUAGCGGCGAAGUUAAAUACGCGUUUGAACUACCAACCUCGUGAUGAAGCGAAUGCAGAGCCCGCGGAAGAGGUAUUCCGGAAAUACGAAACGGAGUUAGAAAUUAAUGACUUCCCACAACAGGCCAGGUGGCGGGUUACCAGUAAGGAGGCGCUGGCGCUUAUAAGCGAAUAUUCAGAAGCAGGUAUAACAGUGCGAGGGACUUACGUACCUACGGGUAAAGCACCACCAGAGGGCGAAAGGAAAUUAUACCUCGCUAUAGAAAGCUCUCAGGAGUUAGCCGUAGCUAAAGCGAAAUCUGAAAUAACUCGACUUAUUAAGGAAGAACUGCUCAAACUACAGACUUCCGCGCACCAUAUGGUUAACAAAGCUAGAUAUAAGGUUCUAUAA